AUGGAGGAAAAGGGCAGGAAAGAGGUGUUACUGAGUAGUUUUCAUCCUGCCUCCAAGCGGCGGCGCAAUCAUUUGAAUGUCUCAUUGUUGAAAACAAAUGGGUUUGUUUCAGGUGUCAGGAGGUGGGAAAAAUCUGGAAAAAUAAGAGUAGUGCUUUGCAUAAUUCAAGUGGUUUGGAUCAAAAAUUCACAGAGUUUGAACAAUGAGACUACUGUACAAACAUCGGAUAAACAGGAGCAUCAGUCUCUCAGUGCUCGGGGCUUGUUAAAUUCACAUGGUCUGGGAGAUAGUCUUGUGAUUCCUAAAAGGCCUCGAGCCACCACAAGACGUAAAAAAAUUGAAAAUCUUAAUAGCUUAAAGAGGUCCCCAGGGAAUUCUAUCAGCAAUGGCAAAGCAAGAACUGAUGCCCCAUCAAGCAAAUCUCCAAUCAAUAUAUUUCCAUCUCCUCAUGCACCGAAUGGCUAUCUGAAAAACUGGACAGUAAGCAAAAAUAAUGAAAAAGAGAAACACAAUAGGAAAAGAAAGAGGUUGGAGGUUGAGCGAAAGACCAAUGUGGAGAAGGAAAAGCUUGGUGACGAUGAGAAGUUAUCUGGAGGCCCUGUAGAGGAUGAUGAAGAUAACCUUGAGCAGAAUGCUGCCAGGAUGCUUUCUUCUCGAUUUGAUCCAAGCUGUACUGAUUUCUCAGGGAAAAAAAUGGCAUUGUCUUUGAAAUCUGCAAAGGGCUGUUCUCCAUUGAAGCAAUUUAAUGGUACUCUUAAGAGUUUGUGUUCGGAGACUUCUUCGGUCAGUGCCGCAGGUAGAGUGCUGCGCCCGCGGAACCGAAAUAGUAAAGGGUUUGCUAGGAAAAGGCGCCAUUUCUAUGAGGUCUGCUCUAAGGAUAUGGAUCCUAACUCCUUGAUUAAGCAGAGGAUUAGAGUAUUCUGGCCUUUGGAUCAGUGUUGGUAUUUUGGCUUGGUAAAGGAUUAUGAUCCUGCUAGCAAGUUGCAUCAUGUCAAAUAUGAUGAUCGAGAUGAAGAAUGGAUUGAUCUACAAAGUGAGAGAUUCAAACUUUUGCUCUUCCCAAGUGAAGUUUCUCGCAGUUUAAAUUCUCAUAAUUUGGGUUUGGAGUCAAAGCAGAAGACCGAUCAAAAGGAUGAGGAUAUCAUUGAUGACAAUUGUAUUGGCAACUUUAUGGAGACGGAGCCCAUAAUCUCAUGGUUGGCUCGGUCAACUGGUUCUUUGAAAUCAUCCCCACAAAGGGUCUUGAAGAAAAGAAGAGCCCAUUUUCUUAAUAAUAUUAGGCCAUCUACCUUGUCACGGAAGAUGAAUGUGAAUGCCGAGCUGUCUACUAUCACACCCAACAAGUCAAAUUUAAGCUCUGCUGUUCCUCGGAAUUCCCUUGAUGGAGAAAUUGCUGGUGCAUCUCUACUCAACAACAUCACUCGUUCUGAUGACAGGAAGCUAUCGUUUGUUUAUACCAGGAGACGCUUCCGGAAGAGAAGUAGUGUUUUGGAUGGUUUGCCUUCUCAGGUUUCUUCCUGUGGUAAUUCAGCUGGAUCCUUUCACAUUCUUGCUUCUGCUAUGGACACUGUGACAGCAUUAGAGAAAUGGCGCCUAACCAUCACCAAAAUUGGACUGAAACAAGUUUCAGUAAAAUUGUUACUACCACCUCAAUGCAUUCAUGAUCUUUCAUCUGAACUGAGAACCUGUUGGCUUAGCCAUGCUGAUUAUGGCCUUCACUAUGGUAAACUUAUUCAGGUAUCGCCAGUGGUACAUAUGGAAAUAAUUUUUGUUGAUAAUGUUCUGGGGUUGAGGGUUGUAUCCUUUGAGGGAUGUUUGCAGUGGCUAUGGGGUUUUGUCUCUUUGAUUAUAUCUGCGUUUCAUGGCCAGAAGCAUAAGAAGCUUGCAGAUAUGUUAUUGCCAUCUACUUCAAUUGGGUUUAAUGUCUCAAGCUUACAUGAUCGAAGAAGGCAUAUUGUUUUUGUUCUGCAUAGCUUUCUUCAACUAGAUAAAUCAAGAUGGGAAUAUCUGGAAUAUAAACUUAAACAUCAUUGUCUGAAAAAUGAUGGGAAGAUUACUGAAGCCUUUGUAGACUAUGUUUUAGCUGAAAAGGAUAAGGUAAAGGUCAUCUUUUGUCUGUGGUCUGUUUACUUGAUGGACUUAUCUGAGAGGCUGUGCUCAAGAAUGAACCUUUUACUCAAUUCUUUCCAGCAGAAAAAUGAGAAGCUUCCUCCAUAUGCUUUUUCAUUUGCCGAGUCACCCUACUUGUUUCUUGGCGUGCAUCUCAAGUUGUUGGUUCACAGGAAUAUGACUUCUCUUAAGCCUAAGAAGCCUUCUGCCAUGGCAUCGAAAGAGUUGGCAGAAAUUGAUGUAAAGUCAAUUAAUGAUGACUGUUCAGCUAUUGAGAAUUCUCUAGAUGGAAGUUCAGAAAUGAUGCUCGAGAAUUUGGGUUGCUCUUUGGCUGCUUCCAGCUCUGGAAGGCUAGAUGAUAGCCAUCCAACGGGAGAAACAGAUGCUUGCUCGGUCAGCAGUGGUGGUGACCAGAUGAAAUCCAAUCACAGAUCCAUAUCCAGUGGAGGGAAGAUUACCGGAAUUUCUAUUGGCCACUCAGACACGAGGAAUGACUGCAAUGAGAAUAUUGAAAAAAUUCAGAGCUUAUCAUCUUCAUGGAUGGGUGAUAAGAAAUAUUCUUCUUCAUCUCCUGACAAUGAUUUUCCUCCAGAAAAACAUGAAAAUGGGUGUGAUUCUUGUUUGAAUGAUACCAAUCUACAUAUGCAAUCAUGUGAUCAAGGGAAAGAACAAUCUAAUGAGGAUAUGCAAGCUGCAUGUCAUGCAUCUGAUAUGGCUUGGGAGAUGAAUGCCCUUCCUGUAAAUGUAUCGAAGACAACUGCUCCACGGAGCAUAUGGCAUCAUAAUCGGCUCCCUUCAAUUUCACCUAACUCUUGUCAACGUUCAAGAUUGUGGACUGAAGACUUUGUCUGGGAUAGCUUUGCCAGUGGCUCUAGGAAGCCUCGAACUCAGGUCUCAUAUUCACUAUCCUUUGGAAAUCGUGAGAUUGGUUCAAGACCCCGAAGCCAUAACCGGAAGGCAAGACCUUUUAAAAAAAUUAGAAUUGAUAAUGAGAAGAGUGUGCCUCAUGCAUUGGGAAGUUUUCACACCUAUUUUGCUUCAAGAAUUUGUGAUGCAAAUGUUCUGGUGACAUCUGGGGAUAGAGGCUGGAGAGAAUGCGGUGCUCAAGUGGUUCUCGACUCUGAUGAUCAGCAUGGUUGCAGAAUAUCUGUGAAAUUUUCUGGGGUUACAAAGUAUGAUCACAAAGUACAGCAGUCUCUCCAACCUGGAUCUACAAAUCGCUUUACACAUGCUAUGAUGUGGAAAGGUGGAAAAGACUGGACUCUAGAAUUCACUGAUAGGAACCAGUGGUCCCUUUUCAAAGAGUUGCAUGAAGAAUGCUAUAAUUGGAAUAUUAGUUCACCAAAGUACGUUCGGCAAGUUGGUACAGAGAUUGACAUGGCCUUGGAUCCUUCUUGUGUGUUAUAUGACAUGGACAGUGAGGAUGAGGAGUGGAUAUCUGAGUUCAGACUUUCAUUGGAUGACUCAGGGAAUAAUGGGUCAACUGAAGUCACAGAUGAUAUGUUUGAAGGAAUCAUGGAUAUGUUCGAGAAAUUUGCGUAUGCUCAUGAUUCUAUUUAUGAGCACUGGCAGCAUAAGCGACGGAAGAAAGGUUUGCCUUUGAUUCGUCAGUUUCAGCCUCCAUUGUGGGAGCGUUACCAGCAACAACUUAAGCAGUGGGAAUCAGCCUUGAGCAUAAUGCCCAACUCUUUAGAUGGAUCCCAAGAUAGAGGUUGUUCAAUUGAAAAACCAGCCAUGUUUGCUUUUUGUUUGCGUCCAAGGGGCUUGGAAGUACCAAACAAAUUCUCAAAGCAAAGGUCUCAUAAGAAGUUUAUGUAUAGUGGGCAUCACAAUUCCUUUGCAAAGGAACAGGAUGGCUUGCAUGUGUAUGACAGAAAAGUGAAUGGAACAUCAGCUGGAGGAGAGAAGGAUUUGGUUAUUGCUAUCCCAACCUAUGAAUCUUCUGAUUAUUUUCAUUCACGGCAUGCUUUAUCCAGUUUCUCCCCAAUGGAUUCCCGAAAGAUGGGAUUUUUGAUGACUAAUGAUGCUUCUGAGAGAAGUCAAUUUCCUGGCCUUCACAGAAAUAAUUCAAAGAAGAUAGGAUUGUUGGCAUCUCCUAGGGAUCUUCAAAUGUUGCCUUCUCAUAAUCAGAAAAUAAAGAGAAACUUUGCUUCACGGUGGAGUGCUGAUAUGCCUGAGUGGCCCAGCCGAACGGAUUCACAUCUUGAGGAGUUUCACAGGCAUCGAGCUGAUAUUGAUGAGUUUAGAUUACGGGAUGCAUCAAGUGCAGCUCAGCAUGCAAGGAACAUGGCUAAGCUCAAAAGAGAGAAGGCCCACAGGCUUCUGCACAAGGCCAAUCUUGCCCUUCACAAAGCCACUGUUGCUCUUAUCACUGCAGAGGCAAUUAAAGCAUCGCAGAAAAACUUGAUUGGUGAUGGUUAGGUCUUAAAUGAACUUGAGGAGUCUCAGGCAUAAACAGCUCACAUAAAUUAAGGCACAUGGUUCAUCAGUUUGAUGGCUAAAAGCGUAUGCGCGGAGAUUGACUAAGUCAUCCCUUUUUGGGAUGGAACUGUUGAUACAACAUGAACUUUUGACACAUAGGUACUUUUGCAGAACCAGAUAAGUCAUUUACGAGCAUUUUCUUUAGCAAUUCUAUUUAGUUAUUUUGUGCUCUGUGCAGUCACCCCAUUAGAUGGACCUAUUACUCCAUUUAGAAGUCUUAUGUAGUUU